AUGGUUAAAGCUUUGAAAAAUUACAUUGUUGAAACAAAACAAAAAAGUGGUUCUAGUAACAAAUUAUGUUACUGCAAAGCUUGCUUUAUUAAACUUGGUGAAAACAGCAAUGAAUUAAAAACAAUAGUAGAUAAAACUGAACGAUCAAAUUCUACUUCGUCUCAAUCAUCUAAUUAUGGUCCUUUAGAUAAUUUUGUUGCCAGACCUUUAUCUAAAGCAGAUAAUGAAGUUUUUCAUAAACUUAUAUUAAAAGCCACUAUUUCUUGUGGUUUUCCAUUAUCUUGGGUGAAUAAUCAAGAAACAACAGAAUUAUUUAAAUUUCUCAACCCACAUAUCAAACUACCAGAUAGAAAAACCCUUUCCACUAAACUAUUGAAUGAUGCAGUUAAAGAAUAUGAUAAUGUCAUGUUAGAAAAAUUAAGAUUAGAUCAAAUAGGUGUCACACUUAUGUUUGAUGGAUGGACGAAUGUUAGGCAACAAGAAUUAAUGGGAUGUGUUCUUUUGAUGUCAGAUGGAGAACCAUGUGUAUGGCAAGCUAUGGAUAUCAGUAGUGAACGUGAUACAAUGUUUGAAGUUAUGACUAAAACUGAAGAAUUAAUUUCCAAAUUAAUAGAUAUGAAAAUAACAUUGUUAUCAAUAGUAACUGAUAGUGCACCUUCCUAUAAUGCAUCAAGGCAAUUCAAAAAUACAUCAGGCAAUGCCUUAAAAGUGUCAGCCUAUUUUAAAGAUGCUAGACAUAAAUAUUUCAUUGGCCAACUUCGUGAUAUUCAAAAAGAACUUUAUAGCAAAUAUAUUCAACUUGCACUUCCAUGUAAUACCAGGUGGAACAGUCAACAUAAUUGCUUUAAAAGUUUAAUUGCUACUAAAAAUGCUUUACGUUCUUUGGCAAUAAAAUUUGAUCCUUCUUCAUCAACGAAUACAUUGAAAAUUUCACAUGAAAUUGACAAGGCAAGAUUAUAUGAAGUUUUACAUUGUUAUGCAUAUUUGUAUCAAUUUUGGAAAAGUUAUUCUGAUGAACUCUUGGCCAGUAGAAUAUUAUCAAGAUUGGAAAAUAGAUGGAGUUUAUGGGAACAACCUCUUCUCAUUCUUUCUUGGCUUCUUCAUCCUUUUGAAAAUAAUAUUCACAAAUAUUGGUGCUGGGUUCAGGAUGCCUAUCCAGAAAUUGGAAUUGUUGCAGCACAUAUUUUUGGUAUUUGUAUUAAUGCAGCUUCAGUAGAACGACUGUGGAGUAGUAUGGGAUUUUUUCAUUCAAAAAAUCGAAAUAGAUUGGAGUUCACUAGAGUCUUAGAAAUGGCAAAAUUGAAGGCUGGCAUUACAUAUAAUCGACUUCUUCAACAAGAACUUUCUUUAUCAAAUAAAGAAAUAAAUUUAGAAGAACAGAAUAGCAUUGAAAGAGAAAUGAUAUUGGAAGCCGAAUCUUCAAAUGUAAAUACUAACUUAAAUGAAGAAAGUUAUUUGGGUGGACAAAAUGAUGAACAGGAUAAUAAUAGUUUAGAAGCAGAUGUAAUUGCACAGUUUAAUAAUAAUUUGGGUGAGUGGAUAGAAAUUCUUCAAGAAGAAGAAAAUGAAUCUCUAAAUGAGCUUAUAAACAUUGAAGAUGAUGAAUUUUAUAACUUAGAUGUUCAAAGUAUUGAUCAUCCAGCAACAAGCUCCGAUGGGAAAUGGAAAUUGGAAGUUAUAUUAAAAAACGAUAUACAUUGUCCUUUUUAA